UUUUCUCUCUCUCAUUUCCGCAGUCGUUUUGGGAAUUUCUCUCUCAAUGGAACUCUCUUCGAUUCAUUUCUAUCAGAGCUUGAAGAGAUAUUGGCACCGAAGGAACUACCAACGCCUCGAAGGCACGUGCAAGAGGCACGUGAGGGUGUCGAGGCUGGGGGGGAGCAGCAAGAAACGCCGAUUCUGGAAGAUCCGCACGAUUCCGAAGCUGAGGCUGAAGCUGAAGCUCCCCUCGCCGAUCAAGAUCGCGGCUUGGCUCCGAGACGCUUACGUGGAAGCCAUGCUUGCUCUGCAGGGGUCCACCGGCUACCUUCACAGCGGCGGGGACGGUUUUGGCGGGAAAAGGAUACCGAGAGGGCGCGUUGCCAAGGCGUCGGCUCGGGAUUUCGAGAACCGGAUGAUGUUUGAGAUUUAUAAGUCGAUUCUCGAUUCCAGGGAAUUAUCUACCCUUUGAAAGGGCUCUUUUGUAAUUUUCUUUAACUUCAUCGCACGUGCCAAUCUCUAGGUGGGCCCGCGUUGAAGA